AUGACCGUCACGUACACUCAUCAGGUGGCCACGUGCCGCGGUAUGGGCUGUUUUUGGAAAUUGCUUUUUCGCUGGAAAGGUAGCAUUUACAAACUGCUAUGGCCCAACCUGCUGCUGUUCGCGUUUUGUUAUUUUACACUGAGCUUCGCCUACAGAAAUCUAAUGUCACAGUCCCAGAGGGACCUGUUCGAAAAAGUGUCAUUGCAAUGUCAAUCGCACAUGGACCUGAUACCGGUAUCCUUUGUGUUGGGAUUUUACGUGGCCAUUGUUAUCGGCAGGUGGUGGAGCCAGUACCAAAGCAUACCUUGGCCGGACUCGUUAGCCUUAUACGUCAGCACGUUGAUAACUGGCCAAGAUGACCGAUCAAGACUAAUCAGAAGGACCAUAUUGAGGUAUGCGAAUCUUAGUAUAUUAAUGACGUUGACCAUGAUAUGUCCAGCGGUUAAGAAACGUUUCCCAACAAUGGGCCACAUGAUCGACUCUGGGUUCCUCUUGCCAGCCGAACAGACCGUAUUCGAAUCGAUGAAUGCCAAGACGAGUCACCCGAAUUUUUGGAUCCCCCUGGUUUGGGCGGCCACCAUAGUGACACAAGCCAAACGAGAAGGGCGCAUCGCAGACGAGUUUUCCACUAAAACGUUGGUGCACGAGAUCAAUAAAAUUAGAUCGGAUUGCGGAAAUUUACUAAGUUACGAUUGGAUCAGCAUACCGUUAGUGUAUACACAGGUGACAACACUGGCGGUGUAUGCUUAUUUCAUUGCUUCCCUAAUGGGCAAUCAGUAUCUAGACCCAAGCAGGGGAUACCCAACGCACGCCAUCGACUUGUAUUUCCCAGUGUUCACAUUUUUACAGUUUUUUUUCUACAUGGGUUGGUUGAUGGUGGCAGAAACACUAGUAAAUCCUUUUGGCGACGAUGAUGACGAUUUCGACGUUAAUUGGCUCAUCGACAGAAAUUUACAGGUAUCCUAUGUAAUUGUCGAUGAGCUUCAUCAGGAAUAUCCGAAAAUGAAGAAGGAUCAAUACUGGAACGAAAUAUUUCCUGCAGAAUUACCGUACACAGAAGCGACCAAACACUUGCAAACGCCUCCGUUUUUGGGUUCAGCUCAGCAUAUCGAAACCGGAGUACAGUAUUUAGAGAGAAAGUUUAUUGUGGCGACAGCUGGAACCGCAAGGAUAAACGUUCGAAAUAUAGAUUUGAAAUCCGAAAGCUUUAUCGAAAAAACUGAUGAUCUGAAAGGUAUGUCGAAAAGACAAAAUGAACGUCACGACGACUCUCAAAAUUUAUCAAAAGAAUCAUUAUUGUCGUUGACCGAAUACAAUGUAUCUGCGCCACCGCAGACUGUUGCCUCGGUCGCUCAGUGUGUUUCAAAAUAUACACCGUCAUCGGUUGUCGACGUUUGUGAAACUAAACAAGAUUUUCCGAAUGUCUAA